AUCAACACCACACAUUCGCCGCCGCUCGCGAGCCCUUCGCCAAUCGCAAUUGCGUCUCAUCGCUGCAUAAUGCGCUCGCGGGCGUGAUGAACACCUGCAGGGCGAUGCGCAAUGCGUUGCGCGCGGCACCUAACCUGCGACCGGGCCCCGGCAGAGUUCCUCCUCUGGCUGGAGCGUGCGUGCAAGCCCGGACGCUGAGCCUCCAGAGCGUCGCGAGGGGUGUCCACGAUGGGGUCAUGGGCGCGCUGGAGAUUGGGGCGUGGUUGACGGGUAAGAAGCCGCUUCCUUAUGCCUCGACGUCUCGUCGACCACCGCCAUCACCAGCAACUGUCUGUUCGAAAACCCACCACCCUUCAUUCCACGUCUCGCCGCCGUCGCCACCGACCGCCGAUCCGGACGCGGAGACGUCGCUCCCCGAGCAACUCCGGUCCGUGAUGCGCCUCCUCACGAACCCUGUCGUCGUGUGCACCGCUACACACGGCGCCAUGCCGCGCGCCAUGACCAUGUCGUCAUUUACAUCGCUGACGCUCUCUCCAACGCCGCUCGUAACGUUCAACGUCGCGACGCCGAGCCGCAGCCUCGAUGCCGUGGCCGCGAGUGGCGAAUUCAAUAUACAUGUCCUUGCUGGGGAUGAGGCCGGUGCGGCGGUGGCCGACCACUUCACGCGCGGCAACGUCGAGGGCGUGUUCGAUGACUUAGAUGGCGGUGACGCAGAGGUGGAGAUCGUGGCCGGUCGGCCGCCGCUGCUCAAGGGCGAGGGCGUGCUGUGGGUGCUGAGGUGCAGGGUGUUGAGCGACGGGCCGCAUGGGGGGCUGAUGAAGGUGCGCGACCACGUCAUCGUGGUUGGGGAGGUUGUCGAGAUGAUAUCCGGGAAGAGGUCGGACGAAUUUGGACUGGCAUACGCGGACAGGAAGUACAGACUUGUUGGGGGUGUCAUUGCAAAGGACUGAGGGAGAUGCGAGGGUAAUGAGUUGAUGCAUCUGCUUUCUAUAGACUGUACUAUUAAACGCCUAACGCUCAUGGCAAUGCAAGCCACAUACCAUCCACCUCCU